CGAAACAGCAAAAUCGUCCUCUUCCUCGUCCUCGUCCUCGUCCCCGCCGUCGGUCGCCGGCUUCAAGCCCCAUGCUCGGCCUCGCUCGCAGAGCCCUCCUUCGUCUCGGGGCUUCUUCCCUUCCUCCUCAGCAAGCUCGAGCCCUCCGCCUGCUGCUCAGACCGGCCUCGACCUCCUCCAAGAAGGCGCACUCCUUCACGGUCUCCUACCUCGUCGGCUCCUGCGGGCUGUCCCCGGAAUCCGCCCUCGCCGCCGCCAAGGCCGUCCAGUUCGCGGCCCCGUCGCGGCCGGAUUCCGUCCUUGAGGUCUUCCGGAACCGAGGCCUGUCGCCGACCCAAGUCUCGUCCGUCGUCAGGAGGUACCCCAGGAUGCUCAUCUCGAGGCCCGACAACCUCUCCGCGAAGCUCGAGUUCUUGUGCUCCCGAGGCAUCUCGGGUCGAGACCUGGUCAGGCUCGUGGUCGCGGUCCCGGGGGUCCUGACCAGGAGCUUGGGCUGUCAUUUGAUGCCCACUUUCGAGUACCUGAGCGGGCUGCUGCAGUCCGAGGCGAAGGCCGUGAGGUCCAUCAAGAGGAGCCCGAGGAUUCUGUAUCACGACCCGAAAGUGCUGCUGGUUCCCAGCAUUGGGAUUCUACGGGAUUGCGGAGUGCCCGAAGCGAAGAUUAGGUGGUCGGUCCUGUCCCUGCCGGGCGCCUUCUCCUUGAGGUCGAACGUGAGGUUCGAGGACGCGGUGAGUCGGGUGAAGGCGAUGGGUUUCGAUCCUCUGCGGACGAAUUUCCUCCUGGCUUUGCAGGUGGUCCGGGGGAUGAACGAGUCGACGUGGAGGAGGAAGGUCGACGCUUUCGGCAAUUGGGGUUGGUCCGAGGAGGACGUUGUCUUGGCUUUUAAGAGAAAUCCGGGGUGUAUGACGAUGUCGGAGAGUAAAAUCGCGGCGGUGAUGGACGUCUUCGUGAACGAGAUGGGGCUCGACCCUUUAUAUAUGGCGCGGCGUCCGACGAUGAUGAUGUUGAGCUUGCAGAAGCGAAUCGUUCCUCGGUGUUGGGUGUUUCGUGUUCUGCUGUCCAAAGGUUUGAUCAGGACAACGCGUAGCUUGAAUGGAUUCCUUGGUGUUCCUGAGAAGUUGUUCCUGGAGAAGAUUGUGACUGCUAAUUUGGGGCGAGCACCUGAGUUGUUGGAUCUGUAUAAUGAGAAGAUGGGUCUCACGUAUGCGUCCUAGUUCUACGAUCCUAACUACGAGUACUUUGUGAAACCAGAUGAUUCCGAUGAUCAUGAAUCCGAUGGAAAGGAGGCCAGAAGUUUUUUCAACUUGAAUUUGCAUGAUGCAAGUGUGCUGGAUGCUACGGACUGGAGGAGAAAAUGGUGGAAAUGCCCCAACUGAUUCACAUUCAUCUAUCUUGCCAGAACUGUAGGGAAUGUUUCCUCUUUUCCAUUGUUAAGCUGCCAGAACUUGCAUUGUAGAAAGUGUCUGAAUUAUCUGCUGAGCAGUUGAUAGAAGGAUCACCUGGAUUCUUUGGAGCUUUCAGACUAUAUUAGUACUGGCUGGCACUGCUAAGCACGUCCUGUUUUGUGAUUGCGUCUCUUGAAGAUCGAAUCAUGUUAGCUGCUGCAGAGUCAGAAAGACACUUGAGGUGGCGGGUUUCUUGAUCUUCUCAACCGAAAGCUUCCUCAAGUGGGACUUCAUUUGCUAUGGUUCAAUCCUUAUAUCUCAAACUCCUGUCAAAACACAGAUGUGUUUGAUGAUGCGAUGGACCGAUCGGUGUUACCAGCAUUAAUGCUUUUGGAUGUGCGCUUGUCUUUGUGGGAGAUGCUAAAAGAGGAGAAGCGCUGUGCUGUAAGUUGCCAACUGAUUUGUCCAUCUUGCGACGGACCUGAUUUUCCUGGCCAUCGUUCAAGCUUGUGCAGAUAAUGUUGGUUCAUUGGCUUCUCAACCAUGUACCUUCGAAUAUUUUCCUUUUCUAUGGCUCGCCAAGGCUAUUAGAAAUUAAAAGGUGGUAUUUUGACAAAGCUUAUAAGAAUGAAUUGAAACUGAAAAUCGAGUUUUAGUUUUUCUUGCUGGAGUUGGGAUGAGGCGGCAUGAAUUGAGACGAUGGUCGUUGCGGCUGCUA